AAAGUCAUUUUUUGCAGUGUAAUACACCAUUGUUGUGUCAAAAAGAGACAAACACAACAAGCUGGGUUGUUUUAACCCAGGGGUCUCCAACCUUUUUGUGGUCAAGAGCUACCACAAUGGAUAAUUGGGUCUUGAGGGCUACUUUUUGAUAUAGUCUACUCAAAACUUUUUUGUUUUACUUGUUGUUAUGUUUUAGUAUUGUUUAAAAUGUUAACAUACGUGAACCAAGCCAAGCUAAUACAAAAAAUAUUUAAUAAAUAAGUAUUGCAAUUGAGAUGUAUAAUAAUAUAAUGUGCUUUGGGGGCACCUAACAGACUCUGUGCGGGUGACCUGGUGCCCGUGGGCACCACAUUGGAGACCCCUGUUUUAACCCAUUGUUAGAUCAAAUAUAAACAUUUUCUGGGUUAAUUUAACCCAACAGCUGAUCUCGUCCCUUUCUGACCAAAUGUUGUAUUUAGUAAUUACAAACUAAAUAGUUUAGAGAAUACGCCUUUAUGUAGGUAAAAAUAAUUCUUUGUUUUGUGCAUUGAUUUGUCUUUUAUGUGUAUUGUUAUGCAUUCUCCCUAAUGUUAUUCUUACAUCACUGCACCUCACCAAACAUGCAGUUAAAGCUUCUCUCACACGUGAAGUGAAAGCACUUAAUGCUGUUUCUCACGUGCUGUGUGCUUUUGAUGGGCUGAGGAAAGAUGAGGCAUCCCUGGAGAUCCCAAACCGACCUGCUUUACUGUAUCUCGCACUGGGUUGUCCGCUGACCGACCACUGACUGAUGCUUUGACUCGGGUAACAGCGUAACCAGCAGUCUCCUUCUCUGGAUUUUGUGCUUUUCAUACGUGCACCCAUCAGUGGCUAUAUUAAGGCUUUGAAUAAGGUCACCAGUCAGUAUCUUCAUUCUCACCAAUGGAUAAAGCUGCAUGUGCAUGCUGCGAGCUAUAAGGACAAGGAGAACGGAGGACAGACCUAAAUGCAUGUUUGUUUGCAAGACUAAAGCUCAUAUCUGCUGCAUCCAUGGCUGAAAAUCCUGAGGACCCUCUGGAGCUGUUGGAGAUACUGGAGGUGUUGGGUGGCUGCGGUGGGAGCGUGUCGUACGCUGAUGUCUGCGUGUAUCUAAGUGGACGUUUCAGUUUGCAAUCACUUUUAGAGAUACGGACUCUUCUGUAUUCCACCGCCUGCAGAGAUCCCUGCUUCCCGGCCACCCUGUUUAGGGAGCGCCUGCACCCGCCCUGCAGCAACCGGCUCUCGGCUGCUGCGGAUGUUGUGUCUCUGUUUAACCUCCACAUGCAAACACGCAUGACUCCUACAUACACUCAGACCUUGCAGUCUGUGAUACCCUGUCAGGUCUGUGGGAAGGGUUUCGUGCGCUAUGACUGGCCGGCCGCCUUGCCCGUCACAGGAGGAGGGACCGCCUCUCAGGACUGUAAAUAUGAGAACCUCCCUUGUGAUGCCAUCAGACUUAACACGGAGGCUUCACACACACGGACCGCCUCUGAACUGCUUGCUUACCCUCACUUAUACAUGCACGACCAAGGCAGCAUGCAGGAUACGCUCUCUGUGGAAACACCGGGUGAUCAGGAAGACCGAAACCUUCGUUCCGUCUCUCAGAAGAGGAGCGCCUUCAAAGAGGGACACAAAUUGUUACCGCUCAUCUCCGUGGAAUAUGUCAGCCAAUCAGAGCAAAGCCCGGAUGGACCGCAAGUGGAUGGUGAGGACCUUACUCAAAAGAACCCGUAUCCGGACCCAGCAUCACCCAUGCAACGUCUGCAUGAUCAUUCGUAUGCAACCAAGUCAUUCGAUUCUUCGAAACAUCCAAGUGAAUCAGAUUCGCACACGGACAAUGCGUCAUUCUCUGAUGCUCCGAACCCGUACAGUCCCGAUCCGGUUCACUGGCAUCAGACAAGGCAUGAGAGUUUGGAUGAACUUCAAACAUCUACUUACUUCGGGCCUACACUCUCCGUCGAAAAGCAUCAGACCCCAGCUCUCCAAGUCAAGAGCCAUAGUCUGGACAUCGAUAGCAGGACUGCAGAUGAAAGACCUGAACAAGAAACCUCUGGCUUGCAAAAGCCCAAGUCGGAGCGUUCCGUAUUAGAAAAAUCCGGAUUAAGAAAACCAGGAGUUUUUAAACUCAGCUUUGACGGCUCCAGCUUAGACAUUCCUGGCUUCGACCCUCGCAUCGUAAACUCGGUUCGGGACACCUUCAAGCGCUUGAGCGGCAUGAGCUUGGACGCAUGGUACGAUUGGUCACCGACAGGGGAUGGCGUGUCUAACGUGGGCACCCAAACGGAACCUACGGAUCGGCGUUCCUUGCGUAGUUUAAUGCUUAGCGAAAGACUCUCCAUCGAUAACCCCGAAAUCGGCGAUGACGACAUCAGUGCUAUCUUCCGUUUCCUUGAUGACAUCAGCAUGUGCGGCUCCAUGGCGGUUCUGCCGGGGGCCACGGGUGGAGGGGCCCAAGAUGGGGGCGGAGCCGGUCUGCCAGAGAGGCGUGAACGUUUGGGAAAACUACGGAGGUUGUUUCACUCCAUGGAAGCACCUGAGGAGGGCGUGAGAUGGGGCGUGGGCAGACUGCUCCAAAGGGUCUCAGACCUGGAGCAACACCUGGAGCCGAUAGCAGAGUUGCGUGAACAGCUUGCACUCGUGCUGUCCACGCUAGACCGACUGGAGCAGCGCGAGCAGAUCAUAUGCCUGCACCCCAAUCAAAUGGGUACACCACAGGUCAGCAUACACCCCUCACCACAGGUCAGCUUACAUCCCUCACCACACGUCAGCAUACAGUCGCAGGGCUCUCCCAGGAUCAACGCGGGGACGGAUGCGUCCAAUGAGGCUGCGGCCAAACGCAGACGCCUGUUUGUACGCAGACCCUCCAAACCUCACACGGAAAGCAGCGGCUCUGAAGCUCACAGAGACUGGAGCAUCAGCUUCACCAAAGAGCCACAAAUUCAGCUGACUAAGUCAGAUCAGUUGGGUGCUGUAUAUAAGAAAGAAGCCCCUGUAGUGCAAGAAGUAAUGAGCUUCCACCUCAUGCCACCCGAAUCACACAUGUCCUCACGGCGGACUUCUCUUCAGAGCAGUAAAGCCAGUUCAACGGACCGCCCCAAAGUUACCUGGAACCCAUCAGACUUAACACCUUUGGACCUUCAGGCCCCUGAGUCUUUGGAGUUUUGGACAGAUGAGAUCUACACGCCGGCCUCCGAUAGGCUCAUCCGGCGGUCACAAUCUUAUACCCGUUGCAAUAGGAGUCAGGCGCUUCGCAUCGCCGCCCUCAGCAUCACUGCCACCGUCCUCCUCAUUCUCAUCAUCGUCAUUCCUGUCAGCACUGUGUAAUGUACAUUCAGUCGCAUGCAUAUAUAUGAAUGUAUAUGAAUGCAAACUCUUUCAGUGACGAAAGGUUGACUGUUACCAUCACUGCAAUACUAGAAUGUAUCUACUGUAGUAUAUUCAAAACGUGCACUUGGCAGGACGUUCGUAUGUGUUUGCAUACUUGCAAAAAGUGUUGGCACGUAAAAAAAUUUAAGGCUAAACUGAAGCAUGAUUUCGUAAUGAAUCGAAAUCAACAGAUUGCACCCGAUGAAAAACAUGAUAAAUAAUAUAUAUAUAUAUAUUACCAAAACUUCCCAUGGGCUUUCCCCAUUUUUUUCAUGGGGUUUCCCUAUAAGUUUAGUUAGAAUGUUGAUGUUUUGAAUGUUAGCAGACUUUAAUGCACAGUUUUAAAGCUGAUUCGGCUGUUUGUAGUUAGGUUGUUCCUGUAUGCCUUUGUUGAUGCUGUUGGGGAGAUCCCAUUAGUCUAAUGUAAUAUUGUUGAAAGCUGAAACGGGAAAGGUCUCACUCGCACAAAGGCAUUUCUCUCUCUCUCUCUCUCUCUCUCUCUCUCUCUCUCUCAAAUCCAUUGCUAGAGACGAAUUUCCUUGUACCUGCCUCUUCAGGAUUGCUCGGUGUAACUUUUGACUAUGUAGAAUAUGCUGAGGUGUGUGUUUUUCCCUGUCUUUACAGUCUUUGUAAAUGACCUGCAUUGGUGGGGAACACUACCCCGAUUAUGAUAAUUUGACAGAGCAUAACAUUCUCACUGGUUUCCCUCACUGAAGCUUAAAAGAAAAGUAAAUCACCCUCCAGAGAUUCAGAAUGGAUGUAUAGUGGUGGAUCGAUACGGCACACAUUUUCAAUUUGCUGAACAACAGCACUAAACAUUUAAUGGGCUGUGAUGGGACAGAGGUAGAGGGUGGGGAGAGAAACAGGAGGUUUGUUCUUUCUAUCGAGCUUGAAGCUUUCCCAGUCCUACUUCUCUGUCUGAUGUAUAUGAUUAAUGAGCAUAUAGACUACAUUCGUUUAAACCUAGCAACCAUCUACAACUAUACUACAUCUAGCAGUGCUCUAGCAAUCACCCAAAAAUUAACAUUUAAGCAUAGCAAGGCUUCGGUAACCAUCAGCAACACCCUAACAACUGCAUAACACAGUGUUUACCAACACCAACACUACACAUUUUCCAAUUCUUCCUAUUUAAACUCACCUGAAUCCACUAAAAUGUGCACUGUUGUUUGGGAAACACUGGCAUAGCUACCUGCUAACCACAACCACCAGUGUGCCACUAGGCGGCCAUGUUUUUAACACCUCCGGCAGUUAAAGGAUUAAUCCACUUUCCUAAAAAAAAUCCUGAAAAUUUACUCACCCCCAUGUCAUCCAAAAUGUUGAUGUCUUUCCUUGUUCAGUCGAGAAGAAAUUAAGUUUAAGAAAAAAAUUCCAGGAUUUUUCUCAAUUUAAUAGACUUUAUUGGACCCCAACAGCUUACAGUUCAGUUUAAAAUUGCAGUUUCAACGCAGCUUUAAAGGGCUCUAAACGAUCCCAGCCGAGGCAUUACUGUGGGUUCGUGUCAUGGGAUGGGUUUCUCCGACUACGCUCGCUUCCUGUAAUCACGUCACUACUAGAGCAAGCUCCUGAUUGGUUAACGCGGCAAGUUUUUUGCCAAUUUUUUCAAAUCACGCGUUUCCUGAGGCAACGCUCAAUUCGCUGGAGGUCUGAAGGUCUAGAAAGGCGAAUGAGGCAUUUAGCGCAGCGCGUUAGAUGCGAUUCCGCCUCAUUUGCGUGUUUAGUUCGCAUGAAUGAGGUGGAAUUGCGUCUACAGUGCCGCACUCAACACCUCAUUCACGCCACGAGACCUCCAGACGCGCGUCAACGCGUCUUUACAUUGACUGUACAUUGAAAUCACUUGCACUUGAUGCCUCUACCGCAGCUGGUGUGAACGCCGCAUAACGGCGCAUUCACACGGGCCGUCAGCAUUAACGCUUCUCAUUCACUUUUAAUGGGUGAUGUCAUGCGUUGCCGAACUGAAUUGUGGAUCCGUCGGCGCAGCGUCAGUGCCGUUGCUCGCGGCAGAAGUUGAACAUUUCUCAACUUUUCAAGCGGCAACGCGUGCGUUAGCCAAUCAGAUUGCCUUAUGCAAAUAACCUAGGCAGAGCCAGCCAAUUACGUUUAUGGAAGAACGGGGCAUGUGUAGCGGCCACUGUAGGGGCCGUUCUAAAAAAAUCGAACACAUUGUUUUCUAUGAGUAUACGCACACCGGCGCCGCCAGGUGGCGCCUGUCCGCGCCGCCCAGCUGUGAAUCAGGAAGUUGCUCAAAUCCCUGUUGCGCCACACAGAGCCACUCACAUAGUUUAACAUUAAAUAACAUCAUAUUUGUCCCAAAUCAUUAACGAUUAACAUUGGCUGCUAACGUAUAUUUUGCAUUUUGAAGUAGACGCUAUCUGACGAAGCUCGCACUAUUUAAUGUGCACUUCCGGUUUACAAUACCUCCGAGUUGUCCUAGACGCGACUCGGCGCGCCGCUGAGCUGCGCGCCUGGUGUGCGAUCCCCUUGUGAUUGGCUGUUGUCUACGCUUCAGACAAGCCUUCCGUUAAGCGUUAACGCUUACGCCCUGUGUGAAUGCGCCGUAAGGGUCUUAUCUAGCAAAACGAUAAAUAAAAAAUAUGCACUUUUGAACCACAACUUCUCAUCUUGCACUAGCCGUGUGACGCGCCAGGGCGACCUCAUGUAAUUACAUAAUCACGUCGAAAGGUCACGUGUUACAUAUGUGAAAUUGACCAUUUUAAACAAUAAUCUGACAUAAAGACAUUAGUAUCAUUCCACACAACAACCUCGAAACUAGGGAUGGGCAUGAUUAAUCGACGAUCGAUAAUUGAUCGUUAAGAAUUUAGUCGAUGAUGUUAAUUUGUUAUUGAUUAAUCGAAUACUUUUUUAUCUAAUGCAGGUUGCGUUGCCUAGCGUAGCGUGUGUCUUGAAGCAAUUAAAUGAAUUUCACUGUGUGGCAGCAAUUCAACAUUUUACCACCAGGGUGCAAUAUUUGACACCAUACUCCGUUAUCUGUGACCUUCCGUUUUGAUUUCAAAAAAAUAAUCAUGAAGAGGUCAUGAUUUUUUUGAACAAAAAAGAAUGUUUAAGAAUGCGGCUCGCAGCUGCAGGUGCAUAUAUGGUCCGUUUGUCUAACUAAAUGUAGUUGAACUGUUUGCCACAAGUUGAUCUUGUCAUAAAGGUCUCGUGGAGGAAAACACGCUGUAUUUUUGUAUUCAACAUUUUUGAAUAAUAAGUUAAAUAAUUAUUUUUUAUUAUAAAAAUAUUAAUGAUUAAUCGAUAGUCGAUCGUUAAUUCUCCCGACAAUCGACUAAAAAAAUUUAAUCGAAUGCCCAUCCCUACUCGAAACGGUCCUCUUUCUUCACACUUGUAAACACUGGAGCAGUUGUUUCACAUUCGUCAUGGGUGACCUUUUGACGUGAUGAUGCAUUACGUGAACGUAAGGUCUCGCUGGCGUGUCACACGGUUGUUGCAAGAUGGGAAAAUGUGGUUUGAAAGUACAUAUGUUUUAUUUUUCUUGUCGAAAAUGAUAAUAGUUUUUCAUAGAUAAGACCCUUCUGGCUUGUUUGGGAUCGUUUAGAGUCCUUUGAAUCUGCUUUGAAACUGUAAACUGUUGGUGUUCAAUACGAAAAAUCCUGGACUGUUUUUCUUAAAAAACUUAAUUUCGUCUCGACUGAACAAAGAAAGACAUCAACAUUUUGGAUGACAUGAGGGUGAGUAAUUGUUUAGGAUUUUUUUAAAGAAGUAAUACUUUAAUUUAGUCAUGCAACUACUUAAAUAAAUAAAAACAGAUAUCAUAUGCUAAAAUCUGUUAUAGUUCUGACCAACAAUUAAACCUGACAGUAACUUUUGCUUAAGCUCAAAAUGCGCUUAAAAACUAGGUCGUUUUAUGGCGCAUACACGCAGGUGAUUGGUUCUUUUAACUGGAAGGCGGGACAUCCGUCACCAGAACAGCUAUAUUGAACGUUGCAUUGUCCCCUAUUCAUAGUUAUAGCAGUGCUCAAUCUUGUUAUAUCCAAUAUCUUUGCCACCACUAAGACUUAAGUCACAUAGCAAGAUUUUGUGUAAAAAAUAUUUUUUAUAAAAAAAACUCACAAAAGACUUUGAAAGAAAGAAAUUAUACUGUUGUGUACUGUUACAGUCAGUAUUAUACACAAAUAAACUCAUGUCUUCCAACAUAUUUUUUACUAGAACCCUUUUCUGUCUUUUUGGGCCUUUUUGAGUUUUCUAGGGUUUGUUUUUUUUGACAAAAUUUGCACACGUUUCAAAAAAAUAAUCGCUAAAUACUUCAAAGUAAACAACAUUUUUAUAAGAUGCCCAGUUUUAAUGAUGAGGGGUGUAUUUUUUGUGCCAUGAGCAUUACUAAAUUGCAUUGCAAAAACAAGUGUCCAUUAGCCAGAUAAUAGUCCUGCCCAAAUUCAUGCUAUUGGAGACAAUCUUGCUACUGUAUGACGAAAGAAACGAACAGAAUAUUUUGAAAGUGCCAAGUUACAGUGUUUAAACUUUUUGGAGGAGUCAAAGUUAUUUCACUUAAACUAUGAUAGAAGUAUUUUAACACAAAUUAUACAAUAUACAUUAAAGGGAAGAUUUAAAUGAAUGUUUUGUCUAUUGUAAUGUUAUUUUUGCUUUUAAGUUCUUUCUUUUAUAAAAGUUAGCACCUGCUGGCCUGUUGAAACCAAAUCAGAAUCACCCUGAUUCAUUUUCCACAGUUUAUUGUAAUAGUUCAUUUUCUUGGUAUAUAUGUAUAUGAUUGAAUGUAUAUCUAUCUAUGCCUCUUAUAUUGUCAUCAUAAAGCUGGUUUUGUUUAAUCAUGUAGACUUUGUGUGUUUUGUAUUUUAACAGUAAAAAAAGGUACAUGACGGGUACAUAAGUAGUAGUCAGAUUGUGACAAUGAUAAUGUUUAUAUUUGAUUCAAUACUCUUAUAAUAUCAACAAACGAUUGUUUGCUGCGCAUCCCAUUGGAGUUUUAAUAUUUCAGUGCACAGCUCUUAUAAACAUUUAUUAUCUAUUUAUG